AAGUCAGUUAAAGAAACCCCGCAAGCGAACUCGACAUGCCUGAGCAACUGACUCUGUACUUACAUAAGAUUUCUCCUUACAGCCACAGAAUUGAGUUGGCGCUUGCGGAAGCGAACAUCAAGUACAAGGCUCACCAAGUUGACCUCUUCAAUAAACCCGAAUGGUUCGCUUCCAAGGUCAACCCCAUUGGCAAGGUACCCGCGAUCACCUACGGUGGUCCAGAUGUCGACCCCAGUGACCCUUCCCCACUAUCGUUCAAACUCGCAGAAUCCAACGUGAUUCUCCAAUUUGUCGCAGAGCUCUACCCAGAGUCGGGGCUACUCCCAAAAGACCCCGUCGAGCGCGCUAAAGUGCUGUUCUUCAUGGACACAGUUGACCGUCACUUUGAUAAACCAGGUAACGAAUGGAUGUAUGGUCGCGCAGAUUCCUAUGAGGGGUAUCUGAAUGGGGUCGAAAUGAUUCAAGGGCUUUUGUCCGAGAGUGGUGGGUUCGCUGUGGGAGAUCGUUAUACCAUCGCCGACGCGUGCAUUGGGCCGCUCCUUUCGAGGUUGAAAAUCACCUACGAAACUGACAUCGGAGCAUUCCCCGUUGGGCAGGGUACCAAACUUGGGGAAGAGUUGAAAGUGCCCAAGUAUGCCAAAUUUAUGACAUACGCCCAGGCCAUGCUGGAAAGGCCGAGUCUGAGGGACACGAACGAUGAGACAUACCUGGCGGACAUAUGGAAGACAUUGAUUACUGAACGUCGAAUCUGAGGUGACAACUUGGUUGUACCUUACUGGAAAGAAAAUACCCCUUGGUUGUGAUGCAUGUAUAUAUGUGAUAAUACAGCACUACUUGACUCAAUACUGCAAAUGUCGUUUAUUAUGGCGCUGGAUCUGUUCAACUA